CAGCCGUUCCCCCCCCUCCCCUUCCUCCUCCUCCUCCCUCUCCCUCACUGCCGGUCCCAGCCCCGCCAUGGUGGCUACGGAGGGUCUACGGGAGAUGGAGGGCAGCGCGCUGCGGCGGCUGGUGUGCCGCGAAGAGGCCGGCGGCGGCGGCGGCCGGUGCCUGGUGUUGGACUGCCGUCCGUUCCUGGCUCACAGCGCCGGGCACAUCCGCGGCGCGCUGAACGUGCGGUGCAACACGAUCGUGCGCCGCCGGGCGAAGGGCUCCGUGAGCCUGGAGCAGAUCCUGCCGGCCGAGGGGGACGUGCGCGCGCGGCUGCGCGCGGGGCUCUACGCCGCCGUCGUGGUGUACGACGAGCGCAGCCCGCGCGCCGAGGCCCUGCGCGAGGACAGCACCGUGGCGCUCGUGGUGCGCGCGCUCCGCCGCGACACGGCGCGCGCCGACAUCCGCCUCCUCGCAGGGGGUUACGAGCGCUUCUCCUCGGAGUACCCCGAGUUCUGUGCAAAAACCAAGUCCCUGAGCAAUGUGUCACCCCCCACCAGUGCUGAGACCCUGGAUUUGGGCUGUAGUUCCUGUGGGACCCCUUUUCAUGACCAGGGUGGCCCUGUGGAAAUCCUUCCCUUCCUCUACCUUGGCAGUGCCUACCACGCUGCCCGGCGGGACAUGCUCGAUGCUCUGGGCAUCACAGCCCUGCUGAACGUCUCCUCAGACUGCCCCAACCACUUCGAGGGGCUCUACCAGUACAAGUGUAUUCCGGUGGAGGAUAACCACAAAGCCGACAUCAGCUCCUGGUUCAUGGAGGCAAUUGAGUACAUUGACUCAGUGAAGGAGUGCUGUGGCCGGGUCCUAGUCCACUGCCAGGCUGGUAUCUCCCGCUCAGCCACUAUCUGCCUGGCUUACCUGAUGAUGAAGAAGCGCGUCAAGCUGGAGGAGGCCUUCGAGUUCGUGAAGCAGCGCAGGAGCAUCAUCUCCCCUAACUUCAGCUUCAUGGGGCAGCUGCUGCAGUUCGAGUCGCAGGUGUUGGCCACCUCGUACACAGUGGAAGCCGUCAGCCCCUCGGGGAAGCUGCGGGAGCGGGGCAAGGCCACCUCCACACCCACCUCUCCGUUUGUCUUCAGCUUCCCGGUCUCGGUCGGUGUCCACGCCACCCCCAGCAGCCUCCCCUACCUGCACAGCCCCAUCACCACGUCACCCAGCUGUUAGCUCAGGGGCUGAGGCCAGCCAGGCAGAGAGGGCUGGGCAUGGAGCGGGUCAGGAGGGCAUGGAGCCCUGUGAUGCUAAAGCAAUAGUGCUGGACACUGCCAUUCACCCUGGACUCGAUGUCUUCUUUUCGUAGGGAAAUUUCUUACCUCAUCUUGGUUUUUUUGCUUUGUAAUUUUAUGUUUUGAAAGCAUGAAAGUUGUAAAAGCCACAAAUCCUGAUACUGUCCAGGCUCUUUGGGGAAGGAAAACAAUGGCAUACUGGGUCCUCAAGUGCCUGGUCUUCA